GGGAGGUUUUACUGAAGGAUUGCACCAUGCAUCCAUGACGGAUUCCUUUUGUGGGUAAACCAGGAAACUGUUUGUGCAACAGACCCCAAGACUGCCGGUUACGCUAUCUGGCGUCUAUAAACACUUCAGUUUCGGCGUCUCCUCGACAACCCUGCCCACUGAGAGCCGCAGUUUAGCUACCAUUGCCGGGCGUCUAUCCACUCAGCUGGACUCGCUUCUCUUCAAUGUUGAAGAAUUAGUUGAGGUCUUCUGUUACUGCCUCUGAUAUGCACAACUUGAAGCUUGCGGCGAGACCAUGGCUUCCCACAAUGGUGACAGUGACGCUUUGCGCGAGAUUUCUGGUUCCUCUUCAGCAUCCCCCACCGAAAGAUAUAUCAGCGAAGGUCGUGGCAGCUCAUCGGGAGAGGCGAGCAUACCACGCCCAGGACCGUCCUAUGGUACCAUUGACCGGUCCCCAUUGGCUGUACCGUUAGAAAGCGGGCCGGAGUGUCAAAGCUUUCAAGCGUCAUCAAGCGUCCCUGACUUCUUGCGAGGUCCAGGACUUGACCCUCAAAAUCCCGAACGAACACCUAGAAAACCCCCCACAGUGCGACGUGCGUCGUCUAAACCUUACAGAGGUCAAGAAUUUUCAGUUGAUGACGACGUCUCCGAAUAUGAAGAAGAUAACGCCUUACGGAAAGCAUCUUCAAGGACUCCAGCCAGGCCGUAUGGAACAUUAAGGAGAAGGCUCAACCCGCAGUCACCUGUCCUGCAGCAAGUCGAGUCCGGAGAUGAGGACCAAGCGAACAAUCAGGAUGACAGAGAUGAUUCAGGAUCGCCCGAAAACAACGGCGGUGAUGACAAUGGUGAAGAUGACGAGGGAAGUACUAGUGAUGCCGAAAGCUUUACUCUCAAAGAUCGUCAGCAGGCAAUUAACCAAACCCACCCAUUUGGCAUUAGAAUCUGGAAGCCUGCUCUAUAUAAGAAAUUCCGCUCUGUUCAGAGAACUGCCGAAGGAGACAUCCAUUCUGCGCCUGGAGAAGGGGUAAAUAACUUGCUUUUUAUUGUUAACCUCUUGUGGACAAUUCUUUUCGGGUGGUGGCUAGCUCUAGUUGCCUUGCUUGGCGCGUGCGCCUGCUUUUUGGUAGGUUUUAUGCCCGACGCUGCCGCAUACGGGAAAGUAUUCUUUGGCCUUUCGGGGUACCUAGUGUACCCUUUCGGGUCUUUUGUCCGUCUUCAGUCCGAUGAAAACUAUGCUGAGGAAGAUGAAGGUGAAGGCCGAAGCAUCAGUGAGUACGAACAAUGGCAAAGUGGGGAUCUAGAACACGGCAGGCUGUUUUUUGGUCCAGUGGGCCGUCGGUCACUAGUUGGUCGCCGAAGAAAUAGCCUGGACUCCUCAGGAGAAUAUGAGAGUCUCCUUGGUCGCCCAGGAAGAGGCCAGCGAUCCGACAGUCCAACUUAUAAGAACAAAAGACGUUUCUUCGGCCGAGGGGAAUGGACCUUGGGAAGAGCCAUAUUCUACAGUUUCUUUUAUUUGCUUGUUGGACCCCUAAUGCUUGUCGUGUCACUCACAUGCUGGAUGCUGGUUUUCUGGAUACCAAUGGGCCGUGUAAUGAUUAUCCUACUGCACCAUCUGCGUCGACAUCCUCUGGCCGUCUCAUUCCACUUGGACAGUACAUACACGAGAUCCCCUACGCACCCACCCUCGUCCAUUCUUCUCUGCACAUAUCGAGCUGCCGGGCUCAAAUAUUGGAAAUAUACAGUUGACGGGACGAACAUAUUUUUCAUCAACCUGCUAGGGGUUGUCGUUUUUUCCAUUCUGGAUUAUUGGCUCCUCCACCGGACUCUUCAAAUCGAGGCGUGGGUUACCAACACUGGCCUGAUAUUCAUGCUCGCGCUUCUUUCUAUUAUUCCCUUGGCAUACUUUAUCGGACAGGCCGUAGCAUCGAUUUCUGCCCAGUCAUCAAUGGGUCUUGGUGCGGCUGUAAAUGCCUUCUUCUCAACCGUUGUGGAGGUGUAUCUGUACUGUGUUGCUCUCACCGAAGGAAAAGCCCGGCUUGUGGAAGGUAGCAUUGUCGGCAGCAUCUUCGCCGGAAUUCUCUUUCUCCCAGGACUGUCCAUGUGCUUUGGGGCCAUCAAACGCAAAACUCAGCGAUUUAAUGUCAAAUCAGCUGGUGUUACCUCAACGAUGCUUUUGUUUGCUACUGUUGCUGCAUUUGGCCCGACAUUAUUCUAUCAGAUAUAUGGAAGUAAUAAGUUCUUCAUCCAAGCAGUGCAACCUUAUUCUUGGUUUGCUGCUACAUUGUUAUUCCUCUGCUAUGUCAUUGGUCUUUGGUUUACCCUGCGCACACAUGCUGCAGUAAUUUGGUCUACUGAACUUGAUGAAAAAAAGGUAGCUCCUCCGCAAGAGCCUCCAGGGGCUCCCCAAAAAACACAUGGUGCUGUUAAUGGCCGACAGCCGCCUCAAGGACACAACGCCAAGGGGUCUGUUCGAGACUCCCAGCUCUAUGCUCGCAUCCUGGGACAAUCCCUAAAACAAGUCGGCCUAUCACCCAAGGAUGAUGAUGAGGGACUACAGCAACCCAAACAGCAGCCAGCUAGUGAUGGACAAGCCUCUCUUCCUCAUGUCGUACCCCCAAAGAGCAACGAACCCCACUCUCUUAAUCUGAGAUUACCAGGGCUAUCUGAGGAGCAGAAUGAAGUCUUCGUUCGCCAAGUUACCGAAGUAGCAGCGACAGCUGCAACCUUCGCCGCUCGUGAUGCAUCUCGACACCCAAGGAAGGCCUCGGUUACUGCUCAUACUUCCGGACCGCAUGGACAUAAGCCCGUUGUUGGCCAGCCUGGCAGUGCCCCUGAAGAUAUCAAUGAAGCUGCAGUUUUCCAUGAGCCACAUCCACCAACCGGUGGGCACGAUGCGCCCAACUGGAGCAAAUUGAAAAGCUCCGUUAUACUUCUCAGUGCUACACUAUUAUAUGCAAUUAUAGCAGAAAUCCUUGUCAAUACGGUUGAUGUGGUUCUUGAAAGCGUUGAUGUAGAUGAAAAGUUCCUUGGGAUUACGCUCUUUUCGCUCAUUCCCAACACAACGGAAUUUUUGAACGCUAUUUCUUUCGCUAUGAAUGGCAAUAUCGCUCUCUCAAUGGAAAUCGGCUCCGCAUACGCCCUUCAAGUCUGCCUUUUACAGAUCCCCGCUCUCGUCUUAUUCAGCGCUAUCCACAACCGAUUCUAUGUUGAUCCAUCUGAGCUCCUCAGCCAUAGUUUUAAUCUAAUUUUCCCGCAAUGGGACAUGAUUACCGUGAUUCUUUGCGUUUUCCUGCUUUCGUAUGUUUACGGCGAAGGAAAAAGCAAUUAUUUCAAAGGCUCUAUUUUACUACUUACGUAUCUGUUUGUAAUUAUGGGGUUCUUCUUGACAAGGUAUAAUACCAUGGAAGCCAACGGUGUUGAUCGGUUCGAUACCUUGGCUUUGGGGAGAGGGGCUGUACUACUUACCUCUCCGAGAAGUAAAGGAAUGUGAGCUUUGCGUAUCACAGAGGGCAAGCGGAUGAUAUGAUGGUGACAUUGGUGAGGAUAAGUUGUGUAGGGUGAACGUCUUGCUGCGGCGUGCUGACCGAGGCACUCUGUAUAUCUUUGAGAAGGUUACGUUAAAACAAGGUGAUGCACAUG